AUGGACGACGCCCAACUUGAGACUUGGUCACUCCAGCAAAACAAGUUCAUGGCCACGGUCUUCAAUUUUGACAGUGCGAAGGCGGCGAUAGAGGCUGAGAUGCAGCAGGUAGCAGCAACCCUCAAGGCCGUGAUCGGCGAGAUUAUGGGUGGAGCAAAUAACCCUGUGGUAGACCAUGUCGGGGUCGCAAUGCCCAUCGCCAGUGACCUCACCUCUGCGCACCCGACAUCCCUUCUCGUUUUCAAUGUCCCUACAGAGUACCUCGAACUGAUCCUGAAGCAACGGGUGUGGGCACAUGAGAAGAUCACGCUUGUUGCCUGGCCCAUGUCCGACGAUGUCCCCUUCCCCCUCAUGCUCUUCAUCCUCGGGGGAUUCACAACUACGGACCCAGAGGCUGUCAAGACCAUUGUUACUAACACAUGGCUGUCCGAACCUGCCUGCUGGCAGAUCGCCGCCAUCAUCAGCGACGACCUGGGUACCGAUGAAGGCAACCUCAUCACGGUGACAGAGACUUUCGUCCGUUCCCUUCGCGUUAUCCGCCUUGACCUCCACUUCCGCGGCGGCACCCCCUUCCAUCAAUAUCAGAUCUGUGCCGAGACGCCCGUCUUCCAGCCCACAACUUGGUUCACGCUCCGCGAAUACCUCUUCAAACUCAAGUACCCCUCUAGCCUCUACGGCUGUGGGGCGGCGGUGGACUUCUACUCCUGCGCGCUGUGCCACAGUGUUGCCCACCCGAAAGGGUUAUGCCUCUUCCCCACCAUCACAAACUGGAAGGGACCAUCUUGGAACAGUGCAAGUAUCACGCUCGAGCCCCGUGUCAACUCCAGCAACCGGGGGGGAUUUGGUGGUCGAGGCCGUGGCUCUACGCGUGGGCGUGGUCGUGGACUCUAA